AUGCUUGCGCCCGGGGAGCCGUCGCUCUGCAGUCCUUGUCCGUGUGUCGGCGAUACCCGGUCGGGCAGCGUAACGCCCGCCCUGCCGGGUAUGCCAACAAUCCCAUCUUCAUCCUGCGAGGCCACGGCAGCGGCGGGAGCGUCCGGCGAGGCGGGGGAAGCCAAACGGCGCGCGGAGGAGGCGGCGAGCGGUGUGCUUGAGGCCCCGAACGGGCCGGCGACGCACGCUGCUUGA